CUGGCUGCAGAUGUAAAAUGCAAAGGUGACUUUCGUGAAGAGCAUAUCCAGGAAAAGUGAUGCCUACUUCUAUAUAAUAAGGUAUAAUAUUCCGUCCAUUCGUGUGGUGUAAAACAUAAGGCCUCAAAAUGUUGCAAAUGGACCCUUUCAAGGCGUCGAUGUUCCUCAUCCCUGGCCUGGCCAUAUGCCUUUACUGGGGAGGGGCCAUCGCUCCUGUUGAGAUUCACCCAAAGAAUACCCCUGGAUAUUGGGGUCGAGCGGCUAAGCCACAACCAGACAAUCCAAAAGUUGAAAAGUUCCAAGUUAAGAUUGCCGACAAGGCUUUAGAAGAUCUCAAAUCUAGAAUCGAUAGCUCAAGAUAUUUCGAAGGGUUUGAUAAGAUUGAAUUCCAGUAUGGAUUCGAUGUUGACUAUAUGAGGAAAUUAGCAAAAUACUGGAGAGGAGGGUUUCUUACGAAAUGGCCAGAACAUGAAGCUAAACUGAACGAAUAUGAUCAUUAUCGGACUCAAAUUGAAGGAAUUUUAGUUCAUUUCAUACACCAGAAAGCUGUUCUAAAAGAAGGUCAGACGGCAGUUCCUAUUCUCCUUCUUCAUGGAUUUCCUGGGUCUGUCUAUGACUUCUAUAAGUUCAUACCUGCCUUUACCGACCCACUCAACCACGGCGGGCACGAGAAUUGGGAGGUCUUUGAUGUUGUGGCGCCAUCUAUUCCUGGGUUCGCUUGGUCCGAACCACCACACAAACCAGGUUUUAGCCCGCACGACGCCGCCCGUGUGUUCCACGAGUUGAUGGAAAGGCUGGGCUACGAGAGCUUCUACAUUCACGGUGGAGACGUGUCGGGUGUAGGACAAAUCAUGUCUCAGAUGAACCAUACGGCAGUCAGAGGACUCCAUACCCACGUUUUCCCAAUGUUCCCAUCAAGCACUGAACGACAAUUUCUUCAAGGUCUCGCACACGCCAUCCCUGCUCUCUUCCUGACCCACGAUGACCAUAAAAAGGUGAUUCCAUUCCAUGGAUGGAUGGAAGAGUUCAUUGAAGAAACAGGUUUUCUACAUGAAGCCAUGACAAAACCGGAUACCAUAGCAAUCGGUCUGACAGAUUCACCAGUGGGUCUUGCUGCAUACAUUCUUGAGAAGUACUCCACAUGGACGGACAAUGCAUACAUUCACACUGAUGCAGGGGGCUUGGCCAAGUCUUUCACUUUGGACAUUCUACUAAAUCAGGUUAUGAUUUAUUACACGACAAACAGCAUUCACUCUUCGCUGAGGUUCUAUAAAGAAUGGUGGAGUAGUCACGAGGUGGCACAAUGGGAACGGCUUCCUGUUAGCGUUCCAACUGGUCUAGUGUGCCUUGCAAAUGCCCCAAGACAGACAACUGCUCCUCAGAGAUUUGCUUCCCAGAAAUAUACAAACAUCCUCCAAUACACGGACAUGCCAAGUGUUGGACACUUCGCCUCCCUUGAGAACCCAGACUUUCUUGCCGAUAACAUCAGGAAGUUUGUCAGAAAUUGCGAAGUACGAAGAGGCAAACAGAAAAAGGCAAUGGCCAAAAAAGCAAAUCAGUAAAUAUUUGAAGAUGUCAAUUUUGUUAAUAUUGCAUCAAUUUAUUCGAGCCAAUGAUAAUAAAAAUUAAAAUAGCCAAACUGUCAUUUGAUUGCACAUUAACAAACAUAUCUUUGGGGUUUUUAGACAAAGACGGGUUGUUUUAAGGAUUAUGGUCAAAGGGAGAUAUGGUUUUAUGGUCAUGCAAGGGAAAUAUAUUGACCCCAAACUCAGCCAAGUUGCCCCGUGAGAAUAUAUUCUGCUUUAGGUUAGGGAAUUACUCUUUCAAACAACGAUUGAUUGUUACUUAUACAUGUUUUGUCUCAGAUUGUGCUACAUCAACCAGACAAUACAGAUUAAUAAAUAAAGGUGAUAGGGUUUAAACUGGUUUUAAAUUACUAGAAGCUAUUUCAGGCUUGACAUUAUGUUGCACAAAUAUUUUUGUCUAGAUAGGCUACACUAGACAAUAAGAUGUUUCACCUUGGGAAAAAUAUAUACAUCUCAUCUAUUGAAAGUUCGACCUAAGAUGAAUAUAUUCUAGUCCAGGCUUGAAUAGGCAAUAAAAUGCUUGACCAAGUCAUAUAAUUCCCAAGAAUAAAAAUUCAAGCAAUUUUGUGUCAGUGCUUGAUAUCAAUAUUUUGGGAUUUAGAUGGAAAGUGAAUAAUAAUGUAGGUCUCGUUUACUGAUGGCUAGUUUUAGGACACAAUAUUUGAAAGAAAGUAUUGGUAUAACUAUUAAAAAAUGCCCUGGUUGUAUUUUGAUGCCAUGCAUGUAAAGGGAGACAUGUUUAAUGCUCAACACUGCCAAUGUACUGUCAAAAUAACAGUAUAGUUCACUCUAAUUAACAAUAUGUAAUUAUAAUACUGUAUGGUGAUACUGUAAAUAGAUUUGUAGAUAGAGGUCUUGUGAUUUGGUUUUUGGCUCACAUGGUGUUCUGAUGGAAUCACCAACUCAUCUAUUGACUUUCUUCCAUUUGUCUUUUCCUUUGUGAUGUGAACAACUUUUGAACAAAUGAAAACUUUUCAGAUCCAUUUUAUGGGGAUCUACACAGUUAAUUAAUGCUAUUGAUCCAUGCUCCUAUUUUGGCCUUGUUUUGGAGCACUAUGUGAGCCCAUCAAAUGGUGAAAUUUUGAAUCAUUGCUGCUAUACUUCUUUAUGCAAUAUAAUGUCUACUAAGUUGCUAAUUCUGCAGUUUAAUUUCGUUCAAGUUUUUUCUGUUUUGUUUUAGUUAAUUUUGGUCAAUACUAGUAUUAAUUAUAAUUAUGUGCACUUUUUCUGUAUAUUAUUUGUAUAUUGUGCAUAUAGCAUAAUACUAGUCAAAACCAAUUGUGGUGAUUUUUCUCAAUUGGUUGUACAGUUUGUUCAGGAAAGUUUUACAAUGCAAUUACUACUUUCAGACUUUCUACAAUAAAUCAAUCUUAUGAUAAAAAUUGUGUUUAAGAAUUAUUUUAGACUUGGUGUCAAAAUUGAGUCAAGAGGAUAAUAAAAACAGUCAAGGUUUGAUGAUCAAUAACACAGACUGAUUCAGAUUCUCAGUAAUUAACUCAUCUUGGAAAAUUCUGUAGACGAUACAAUUCAUGAAAAGUAAAAGACGUGCUGUGUUUUAUAUAAUACAUUUAUUACCACAAUGCUUGUUGUUAAAAUAUUGUUGCUAAAUUGGGGAUUGUGUCAACACAUUUAAAUUCAAGCAUCAUCAAAAAGUUCUUAUUUUGAAUCUCAAAUGAAAAAAUCACCCAUUCAAUUUAUGAACUUUAAAUAUUGUUCCCUGCAAAAAUUUCACCUCUCCAAUUUGAAUUGUACAAAUCAUUUCAACAGUGCUUGAUGUGACCAAGAUUGCAUGUGUUUUAAAUGUGUUAACACAAUCCCUAAUUCAACUGUAAUAAUAUGUGAGUCGAGACUGAUAAGGAAAAAUAAAGUGUUGUUUUCCAAGAAUUAUUGUGUUGAGUAAUAUAAUUUAAAAUAAUAUAAUUUAAAACUGCCUUGAAUAAAAGGUGGCAAGGAGGUUAAUGUUACUAUAACACCCAACGAGGUUUGGCAAAUCACUAUUUUACGGUAUUUUCCAUGUAGGACUGGCUCCAUAAUUCCAUAAAAGUCUUUAACUGGAGGAUUCCAUCAAAUGUUUCACUUUUUAUUACAUUUUAUAUGAGUCACAAAAAGAAGUCAGCAACAGAAGAUCCUAUCAGUAGAAACUGCAAGUUUGAUAUUUACAAGUUACCGACUAAAUGAGUUAAUCCAAAAAUAACUGCCAAAAAGUACACUAUAUGAAAUUAUAACUUGUUGAAUUCAGAGAAUAUACCAAAGAAAUACAACAUCUGCCAAUCCUCUAUGCAUCAUCAGAGUUAAAGUAUAAAAUAUAAUCUGCAAGAUUUAUCCUUAAAUUCUUUCAUACAUCAUUCAAUUUCAUUCUAUUGAUGAAAGAUCAAAUGUGAUUUCCAACCAAACAAAGUCAGUUAAAAUUCAUCUUUUCCCCAAACAUUACAUUUUAAACCAUAACAGUACAUAUUCAGCAAAAAUAUACACAAUUUACCAAAAUUCAUCAAUUGCAACAGAAAAAUACAAAAUUUUACAUAUUAUAAAAAGCUACAGAUUUGUCUGUUGUUUUUAAAAUGAAAUAUUUUAUACAAUGACAGCAUGAAGAAUAAAAUAUUUACAGGCCUGCCUUAAUCUAAGAUAUAAAUAAUAACAGCAAUUAUAUAUAAUAUAUAUAAUUAAUAAAUAGAACUGUCAGUAUAUAUACAAUAUUCGUACGAGGAUGCGCACCCAUUGUCACAUGAAGGCAUACUAUAAGCAGUAUGUAUGACAGAAUUUACAAUACAAUGUAUGAUAGAAUUUACAAUACAAACAUCAGGUAUUUUGACCCACAUUCUUGCAUUGUUACAAAACUGAACUUCAAUCCAACUAUUUUCCAAAUAGAAUUUAAAAAUCCAAAUUUGUUAUCAGAUUACAGUGUCACAAUUAACUUUUAGUUUUGGUUUCAAGUCCCAUCUCAUCCCAUCAAGUGAUAUAAAUGUUUUGCUUACCACAUGUAAAAUGCAAACCUUGUGAG